UGCGCCACGGGGUAUCUCGGUGCCGCUCUACCGUCGGUGUAUGCAUCUACCUGGCGCCUCCCCCUUCAACUCGCGUGAGAGUGAGAAAGAGCGAGAAAGAGCUGUACAAGCUGCGGGGACGCGAGACGGGACGACGGGGGUUGAAACGCGGGAUAUAUGGGGUAGAGAACGUGAGGACGUCUCUGCGGGAUUCCCUCCGCCACUUAUGGGAAUGCGAUACGAGCUUUUCGUCGGAUGCUCUCUUGCGUUUUCGCAUUGUUACGCAACCGUCCUUCUCGCGUCCGCGUCACCCUCGUGCACUCCGACAAAGGGAAUCAAUGUCAAUGCGCGCUGCCAUGCUAUGUACGCGCUCCGGAGAGGACAAGGAAACGAAACUGUCUAUAUCGUACUCGAUCAGACAUGCGAAGUAAAGUGACGGUAAGGACAUCACAACGAAUGCGAAUCGGCGCAACUUAUUGUCCCAUCAGCAAGAUCGAGCGAUCGCGGCUCUUUAGAACGAAUCGGGAGGGGUUUCUUGCACGUCACAUUAUGGUGUCAACGACUUCAUCGUGGACCACAAACCGCUGGCAUCCGUGUAUCGAGAAUGAAUGGCGUCGCGACGGGUGGCAGGGAGGCGCAUACAACUUGAAUAAAAUGUAUCAAUUCCGUCUUCAUGACGCCGGGGUUCCUUUCCUCGAGGAUCGAUUGUGCGUUCCUUGAAGGAAGGAAGUUCCGCAACGGACAACGUCUAUUAUUAAUGCGCGAUGUUGUUCAAUUAUGCGAAUUACAAC